UUCAAUUCUCUCUUCUUCUCGUGCCUCCUAGGGACAAAAAGAAAAUAUAUUUCUACACAAUUUCACAACUUAGGUUUUCAUUAACUGAGGAUUUAUUCCAACCAAGUGGAUAAGAAUAUAAUCACACUUGAUUCACUCCACUUCUUCUGGGAUUCUUAUAUAUAAGUCUCCUUCUUCUGGAUAAUAUUUGAAUAACUAACUAUCCCCUAAACUCUCUCUUUCUCUUUCCACUCUCCAUCUACCAUUUAAGGAUUCAACUAAACUUAUUGCUUUCAGCUCGUACCGUUGCAGGUACGACGACGACGAUAUAGUAAUAUUCAUGGACUACUUGAGAGAAAUAGAAGGUAAAAGAGCUCAUGAUCGUUGUUAUAAUUUUCACGAGAAAAAAAUAGAGAAAUGUGUAUAUGUUCCGGGGCCGGUGAUAGUGGGAGGAGGACCAUCAGGUCUAGCAGUAGCCGCUUGUUUGAAAUCAAAAGGAGUUCCGAGUGUUGUUCUAGAAAGAUCCAAUUGUAUAGCUUCCUUGUGGCAACUCAAGACUUAUGAUCGUCUCCACCUUCAUUUGCCAAAGCAAUUUUGUGAACUUCCCCUUAUGUCAUUUCCUAAUGAUUUUCCAACGUACCCUACUAAGCAACAAUUUAUUAACUACUUGGAGAAUUAUGCCAAGACGUUUGAUGUUAACCCCGUUUUUAAUCAAACGGUGGUUAGUGCUGAGUAUGAUCGGAAUCUUGGGUUUUGGCGGGUGAAGACGGCGGCAACGGAGUAUGUAUGCCGGUGGCUGGUGGCGGCGACGGGAGAGAAUGCGGAGGCGGUGGUGCCGGGGAUUGAAGGAAUGGAGGAGUUCAGUGAGAGUAUAAUGCAUACGUGUUUGUAUAAAAGUGGUGAAAUAUUUAGAGGGAAAAAAGUGUUGGUAGUUGGCUGUGGGAAUUCAGGAAUGGAAGUGUGUUUGGAUCUCUGUAAUCAUAAUGCUACUCCUUCUAUUGUGGUUAGACAUGCUGUGCACAUCCUACCACAAGAGAUGCUGGGGAAAUCAACUUUUGGGAUGUCCAUGUGGUUACUAAAGUGGUUGCCCAUGAGGCUUGUCGAUGGAUUUCUGCUAAUGGUUUCCAGGCUAAUGCUCGGGGAUACGUCGCGGCUCGGCCUUGACCGGCCGCAAACCGGGCCUCUGGAGCUCAAAAACUUGUCCGGAAAGACACCGGUGCUCGACGUUGGCACACUUGCUAAGAUUAAAAGUGGAGACAUUAAGGUAUGUCCUGGAAUUAGGAGAUUAAAGCAUCACACGGUGGAAUUUGUGAAUGGGAAAGCAGAAAAAUUUGAUGCAAUAAUCUUAGCCACUGGUUACAAAAGCAAUGUACCCUCUUGGCUAAAGGAAAGAGAGAUGUUUUCAGAGAAAGAUGGGCUUCCAAAAAGGCCAUUUCCUAAUGGUUGGAAAGGGGAGAGUGGACUCUAUGCAGUGGGAUUCACAAAACGUGGAUUGCUAGGAGCAUCAAUGGAUGCCAAGAGAAUUGCAGAUGACAUUCAAAGUUGUUGGCUUUCUGAAUCUAAACAUGUUACAGCCUUUGCUCGAUCUCUAUUAUCACAAUCAUAGUUAAUUACUAGGUAUAGGUGAUUUGUUCUUUCUAUUCCUUGGGAUGAAAGAAAAAAUUGAUUUGUUUUUUUGGCUGCUAGCUAGCACAAAAGGAAACAUAGGUGUAACUUGAGAUUUAGUUGGUCAAUUUUUUUUUUGGUGGAAACAUUGACACACAAAAAAGAUGUAUAUAAGUUCGAUAAGAAAUUUGCCUAAGUCAAGAAUAACA